AUGUUAGCUACAAUUUUAAUUUGCCACUUUUUGCUAUUUACCGCGCAGCUUGCACACCAACAAGCAGUCGCAGCGCAGGAAGCACCUCUCAUAGAAAUUUCGCUUGGCAAGAUUCGUGGCAGUGUUCUGACCUCGCGUAAAGGACGUGAAAUCUACGCCUACCGCGGUAUAUAUUAUGCGGAAGCGCCGACCGGAUCGAGAAGAUUUGCGUCACCUGAACCGGUGCAACCAUGGAACGAUACUCUGGAUGCCCUAGCAGAUGGUCCUACAUGCCCACAACCUUUUGGAGAUCAGCAAAUGGACGAAAACUGUUUGUCCUUGAACGUUUUCACGACGAAUGAGACGACAUCAAAUCCAGUGAUCGUUUGGAUACACGGUGGUGCCAAUAGAGAAGGAAAUGCCAACAGUGAAUAUACCAGCGGGCCGCAUUACUUGCUCGAUGAGGAUAUAGUGCUGGUCACAGUUUUCUUCCGUGUGGGCGCAUUCGGAUUCUUAAGUACAGGUACCGUAGAUGCUCCUGGAAAUUACGGUUAUUUAGAUCAACUAUUGGCACUCAAGUGGGUGAACGAACAUAUUCAGAAUUUUGGUGGGGAUCCAAAAAGGGUCACACUCCUCGGUCAGAGUGCUGGAGGUUUUGCAGUAACUUUGCAUAUGGCAUCGCCGUUAUCGGCUGGUCUCUUCCACGGUGCAAUCGCAGUGAGUGGUAGUGCGACAAGUCACUACGCUAUAGACAAUGCUUAUUGGAGUCGAAAGCUGGCACAUGAGCUCGGGUGUCCCAAGUACGAGACCAAAUAUUUACUGAAUUGCUUGAGGCAGGUUAGUUGGGAAGAGAUAGUUAAUACGACGGUGAGGUGGGAGAACUAUGGAAUGGCAAAUGUAAAGUGGAACUAUGAAAUCGAUGGAAAAUUUCUCGUGGAGCACCCUAGUGAGGCGAUACGUGGUAACCGGUUCAAUCGUGUACCUAUCAUCACUGGCAUCACUCGAGAUGAAUUCGAUGUAAUGCCACAAGGUGAGCACGCUUCUCAGUUCAAACAAGAUUAUGAAAAUUAA